AUGCUGAGAGCUAAAUCUGUGGCUUCAUUCUGUCUUCUGUGGUGUCCUAGAAGAAGCUAUAAAGUAUUGGCCAUUGAAACCUCUUGCGAUGACACCUGUGUUGCUGUGUUGGACAGGCCAUCAACUACCAAGGCUCCUGAACUAUUAGUCCACCUGAAAGAAUCGUUGGAUACAGUGCAAGAUGGGGGCAUUAUACCUACCAAAGCGCAUGUACAUCAUCAAUUGAAGAUUGCAUCGUUAACAAAGAAGGCUUUAGCUAGUUGUUCAUCUCCAGAUAUCGAUCUUAUAUGUGUCACUAGGGGCCCUGGGAUGCCAGGAUCUCUUUCUAGUGGCCUUGAUUUUGCAAGAGGUUUAUCGGUGGCAUGGGGGAAACCAUUUGUUGGUGUGCAUCAUAUGUUGGGUCAUCUCUUGAUCCCCAGGAUGAUUAGUAACGGUAUGGAACCUAAGUUUCCAUUUAUUAGUCUGCUUGUGAGUGGUGGCCACACAAUGCUGGUUCAUUCUUCGAGUGUUACAGAGCAUGAGAUCCUAUGUGACACCUUGGACAUUGCCAUUGGUGAUUCCUUAGAUAAAUGUGGUCGUGAAAUUGGAAUUAAAGGAAUAAUGAUAGCCAAAGAAAUGGAAAACCUCAUUGGAUCAAACCCAAUAUCUAUUAAAGAUAAUGACAAAAUUGUUCUACCUAAUCCAUUGAGAAACAAGCCAAGUAGAGUUGAUACAUUGGCGUUUUCAUUUGCUCCUUUCAUUACAGCUGUUAAGAAGAAUCUGACCAAAGUAAUCUCAGAAUACGACGAAAAUGAAAGAAGAGCAAUGGCAUAUCAAAUUCAAGAAUCUACAUUUGACCAUCUGAUUACAAAGAUAAAACAUACCAUUAAAUUACGUCCUGAUAAGUUUCAAAAUGUUGACCAGUUUGUAUGUUCUGGAGGUGUCGGUGCAAAUAAAAGAUUAAGAACAAAACUAGAGAAUGAAUUUGGGGAAACUUUCAAAGCAUUCUACUAUCCACCACUAAAUCUAUGUUCUGACAAUGCAGUAAUGAUAGGUUGGGCAGGUAUAGAAUUAUACGAAAAGAAUAAACUGACGACAGAUUUAGAAGUAACACCGAUUAGAAAAUGGCCAAUAACUGAUAUCUUGAAGGUACCAGGAUGGAUUUGUAAAUAA